AUGGGUGAAAGCGAUCCAGAUGCUCCUUUCACCAUUCUCUCCGAGACUAGAAAAAAAUGGACUAUCACGAUCGCUUCCCUAGUCACAUUUGUGUCUCCCGUGUCGACCAACAUCUAUUACCCAGCGCUUAAUCCACUGGCUCAUGAUCUCCAUGUUUCGCCUAAUAAGAUUAUCUUGACUAUCACGGUAUUCAUGAUUGUACAAGGCAUAGGUCCCCUGAUGGUGGCUGGUCUCUCCGAUGUGUAUGGUCGUCGGCCAAUAGUGUUACUAGCUCUCCUUCUAUAUCUGGGCGCGAACAUUGGGUUGGCGCAACAAACAAGCUACCCCAUUUUAAUGGCCCUCCGGUGUCUGCAAAGUUUUGGGAGCAGCACUGCUACAGUCAUCUGCUCCUCGGUAGCAGCCGAUCUGGUACCCCGAUCUGAGCGUGGUCGAUAUAUGAUUUAUUCAUCCCUGGGUGUGACUCUAGGCCCAGCCAUUGGCCCGAUUUUAGGUGGUGUUUUGACGCAAUUUCUCGACUGGCGCAGCACGUUUUGGUUUCUUGCCAUCUGGGCGAGCAUCAUGAUUAUUAUCUUGUUGAUAUUUGUACCAGAGACUUGCCGGGCGGUGGUAGGGAAUGGCUCUAUCCGGCCGACCAGGUGGAAUAGGUCGCUCGUCCAAUUCCUACAUCCUGAAGAUCAUGUCAGUGACUCUGCAUCCAAAGAUCCGAAAGAGAAACGACCAGCUCGGCGUAAACGGUCAACCCCCUUGGACUCUCUCAGGGUAGCCGCCCAAAAAGAAACCGGUGCAAUCAUUAUAUUUACGACCGUAUUGUUUGGUGGCUAUUUCGCCGUACUCAGCAGUCUUCCAUCCCAGCUUGAGCACAAGUACCAUUUUAACGCCUUACAAGUUGGACUAUGCUAUAUCCCCUCCGGGGCAGGGAGUCUCACAUCUCGUUGGACAGUCGGAAAACUCAUUGACUGGAAUUUUCGCCGUCAUGCCAAAGAGCAUGGAAUAGAGAUCGUUCAGAAUCGGCAAGUUAAGCUGAUCGCUAUGCCAGUGGAAAAGGCACGACUACAAGUCACACUUCCGGCGAUAUACAGCGCUUCGAUAGUGAUGAUCGGCUACGGCUGGGUCAUGAAUUAUAAGGUCAAUCUUGCUGGGCCACUCAUUAUGCUAUUUCUUAUAUCGCAUUUUGUCGCUGGAGCGACAAGCACGCUCAUCACCCUGAUAGUUGAUUGCCAUGUGAAUCGACCAGCCACUGCUACUUCAGCAAACAAUCUGUUUAGGUGUUGUUUUGGCGCGGGUGCAGUUGCAGCAGCUGGUCCAUUGAUUAAUUCCAUUGGGAUCGGGUGGACUAGCACACUCAUCGGUGUCAUUUGGAUUGCUUUUAGUCCAGUUCUUUGGGGUAUUUACUUUUGGGGUCAUGAUUAUCGUAAAGCCAAGAAGGCAUGCUAA